ACAGCCGCUCAGCCCCGAGCAUAGCGUCAGUAUUACCACCUCACAGAACAGCCCGCGCCGAGCCCACAGAGGACCGGUAGAGCAAUAAUACUGUGCACAAAGGGAGCCGCAUACGCCGCGAAACAUGCUCUAACUCGUUUAUAUCGACAUUGGAAGAAAGACAAUGGGGGAAAUAGGCAAAGGAAGAUAAUAAUCUUUGAAGAAAUGCUUCUGAAACAGCGGAGAUAGUCCAACAACGCAUAAGGUCCUGACCAUGCACAUUCCUCCGCAUUGCACUUAAAUCAAAUGUGCAGAUUUUCCACACUGUCCAGCGGGACGGUGGUUCAAGUCGUGGUAACCGGGUGAACAGUGCAGUCCAGAAUCCGGGAAAGCCCACCUGCCAACACGAGGGUUAGACGGAUCUGGGGUCCACUGUGCGUUUUGGUCGUUUACACGAUGCGUUUGUUUCUGCUGGCGGUGUUCCUCUCGUGCUCCUGUGCGCGGGCUGGCUGCGAGCCGAAGAUAGUGAACAUCGGAGCCGUCCUGAGCCAGAAGAGGUACGAGCAAGUCUUUAAGGAUGCAGUGACCCAGGCGAACCAGGUAUACGGGAGAGAUAAAUUCAAGUUGACCGCCAUCUCCGUAACGCACAAACCCAACGCUAUCCAGAUGGCUCUCUCCGUCUGCGAGGACCUCAUCUCCAACCAGGUGUAUGCCAUCCUCGUGAGUCAUCCUCCCCAGUCCAACGACCACCUCACCCCCACGCCUGUGUCCUACACCGCAGGCUUCUACCGCAUCCCUGUUGUGGGCCUCACCACACGCAUGUCCAUCUACUCCGACAAGAGUAUCCACUUGUCUUUUCUGCGGACUGUCCCCCCGUACUCCCACCAGGCUCACGUGUGGUUCGACAUGAUGCGAGAGUUUCGAUGGAACCACAUCAUCCUGAUCGUCAGCGAUGACCACGAGGGGCGGGCCGCGCAGAAAAGACUGGAGACCCUACUGGAGGAGAGGGAAACAAAGAAUAAAAAAAGGAACUAUGAAAACCUCGACCAACUGUCCUAUGACAACAAGCGAGGACCAAAGGCAGAGAAAGUCCUCCAGUUCAGCCAGGAGACUAACUUAACUGCGCUGCUUCUAGAGGCCAAAGAGCUGGAGGCUCGCGUUAUCAUCCUCUCCGCCAGUGAAGAGGACGCUGCUGCAGUUUACAAGGCUGCCCGUUUCCUGAACAUGACGGGCUCGGGUUACGUGUGGCUGGUGGGAGAGCGGGAGAUGUCGGGUAAAGCCCUGAGUGAGGCACCAGAUGGUCUCAUUGGCCUCCAGCUCAUCAACGGCAAGAACGAGUCGGCCCACAUCAAUGACGCAGUGGCCGUGGUGGCCCAGUCCAUCCAGGAGCUCUUUGAGAAGGAGAACAUUACUGAGCCGCCCAGAGGCUGCGUGGGAAACACCAACAUCUGGAAGACCGGGCCCCUCUUCAAAAGGGUUCUGAUGUCAUCAAAGUACCCAGAGGGCCUCACUGGACGAGUGGAAUUCAAUGACGAUGGCGACAGGAAGUACGCUCACUACAGCAUUCUCAACUACCAGAAGAGUCGACUCAUUCAAGUUGGGAUUUACAAUGGAACACAGGUGGUGAUGAAUAAUCAGAGGAAGAUCAUCUGGCCGGGAGGAGAGACAGAGAAACCGCGGGGCUUUCAGAUGUCCACGAGACUAAAGAUAGUGACCAUACACCAGGAGCCCUUUGUGUAUGUGAAACCCACUGAGCAGGAUGGAACCUGCAAGGAGGAAAAAACCUUAAAUGGAGUGGCAGAUAUUAAAAAGGUGAUCUGCACUGGACCAAAUGAGACCAUCCCAGGACGUCCAAUUGUACCUCAAUGUUGUUAUGGAUUCUGUAUUGACCUACUUAUCAAGUUGGCUGGAACCAUGAACUUUACCUAUGAAGUACACCUGGUGGCUGAUGGGAAAUUUGGAACACAGGAGCGGGUGAACAACAGCAACAAGAAAGAGUGGAAUGGCAUGAUGGGAGAGCUCCUGGGGGGUCUGGCAGAUAUGAUCGUUGCCCCGCUGACGAUAAACAAUGAACGAGCCCAGUACAUCGAAUUCUCCAAACCUUUUAAGUACCAAGGCCUAACCAUCCUUGUUAAAAAGGAAAUCCCUCGCAGUACACUGGACUCGUUCAUGCAGCCGUUUCAGAGCACACUGUGGCUGCUGGUGGGUCUUUCGGUGCAUGUGGUGGCGGUGAUGCUUUACCUACUAGACCGGUUCAGCCCGUUUGGGAGGUUUAAAGUAAACAGUGAAGAAGAAGAAGAAGACGCCCUCACCUUGUCGUCAGCCAUGUGGUUCUCCUGGGGAGUGUUGCUUAACUCCGGUAUUGGAGAAGGCGCGCCGCGCAGCUUCUCAGCGAGAAUCUUGGGCAUGGUGUGGGCCGGCUUUGCCAUGAUCAUAGUGGCAUCGUAUACUGCCAACCUGGCUGCCUUCCUGGUGCUGGACCGGCCUGAGGAGCGCAUCACCGGCAUCAACGACCCGAGGCUGAGGAACCCAUCAGACAAGUUCAUCUAUGCCACAGUGAAGCAGAGCUCUGUGGACAUCUACUUCCGGCGGCAGGUGGAGCUUAGCACCAUGUACCGCCACAUGGAGAAGCACAACUACGAGAGUGCCGCUGAGGCUAUCCAGGCCGUGCGCGACAACAAGCUGCAUGCUUUCAUCUGGGACUCUGCGGUGCUGGAGUUUGAAGCCUCGCAGAAGUGCGACCUGGUGACCACGGGAGAGCUGUUUUUCCGUUCGGGCUUUGGCAUAGGCAUGCGCAAGGACAGCCCCUGGAAACAGAAUGUGUCCCUGGCCAUUCUCAGUUCCCAUGAGAAUGGCUUCAUGGAAGAUCUAGAUAAAACCUGGGUGAGAUACCAGGAGUGUGACUCACGGAGCAAUGCCCCAGCCACACUCACCUUUGAGAACAUGGCAGGAGUGUUCAUGCUGGUGGCUGGAGGCAUAGCAGCAGGGAUCUUCCUCAUCUUUAUUGAGAUCGCCUACAAGCGACACAAAGACGCCCGAAGGAAGCAGAUGCAGCUGGCCUUUGCGGCAGUCAACGUCUGGAGGAAGAACCUGCAGCAGUACCCACCCACCGACAUCACGGGCCAGCUCAACCUGUCCGACCCGUCUGUCAGCACGGUGGUGUGAGAGGGACAGAAGGAGAGAGAAACAUUCACUCCUUGGAGAGAGAGAGAGAGAGAGAGGGUGGGUGGACAAAAAGAGGCUUCCCCAGCUCGCUGCAUUAUUGGAUCCAUCACUGCUGAAGCUUUUUGUCCCAUUGGCUUUACAGUGGAGCCACGGAGAUAACCCUACAUUGAAGAAAGGACUGAUCUGAUCAUGGCACUUGUUAUAGCUGGAUCUAGCCUGGCAUUAGUCAGCUCUAGGGUUCUGAGCUUACUUACACAUACCUUGUUUUUUUCUGUUUUCUCUAGUCACGCUCAAUUUAUGCUUAAAAACAGUCCUAUCUUUGUCUAAUUUGACUUACUGCAGUGCAGACAUUGUGGUGUUGGAUACAACUACUAUUUAAUAUAUCUACAUGAUCAAUGUUGCUGUUUGAAAAGUCCUGUUUAGUUAUAUGACUUAAGUAGAAAAACAAGUGGACUUAAGCACUGUACAUAUCAUUUAACUGACAAGAACUGACUGUAACACACAUUAUUAUUUCACAGUAUGAAAGGUACACUGCUAAAUAUCAACGUUUAAGAAAUACCUGUAUUUUAACUCCACAUAUUUAAAUAAAAUAUGUCUUUGAUAAGUUGGACAUGUUUUAAUAGUGAGAACAUAAACCUCUGUGCCAAUAUAAUAUUUUGAAGCAACGAUACUAGAGAUGGAAGCCUGCAUGCAUUGUAAAUGCAUACCCACUGGGCACAGACAUCAGUUCAACGUCUAGUUUGAACUUACAUUUUGUUGAGUUUUCAACUCAUGUAAAUUUAACGUCAAAUCUACAAAACAUUUCACCAUGUCAUUGGAUAUAGAUAAACAUUUGGGUGGAAAAAAACAGUGCUCUUACGUUGAUUACUUUUUACAAGUCCAAUCAGUUUUCCACAUUGAUUCAACGUCAUCGCAUAGAUUUUUGGCAUUGAAAUGACAUGGAAAUAACGUUGAUCCAACCAGUUUUGCCUAAUGGGUAGAUGCAAAUGAGUAUGUAUUUAAUGAAUUAUUUGUCCCCAUGGUGUUAAUACUUAUACUGCUAUUCUAAUCACGUACGUUUUCUGAGAUACAAAAAUUGUGAUCUUUGUUUAGAUUUUAUUCUUUGCCCCUAAAUAAUGAAUUGAAUAACUGUCCAGCCAGUAUUAUCCUUUGGUGCCCCUUGAAAACGUUCUGCCUGUGACGUAAUGUUCACAUUUACCUGUAUUUGGUCCAAUGAGGUCUUUACACCUUUGGUAUUGAGAAAGUGGCAAUACUAUAUUCUUAUUUGAAGGGGAUUUUCAGUCACUAAUCCAGUUCGAAACUAUAGGAAAUAUGUUAUUUGUUAUCACUCUCUGAAAGUAUACUAUCAAUGUUUCUUAAUCCUGGUCAUUGGGACCCAAAUGGGUGCACAUUUUUGUUUUUGCCCUAGCACUACACACCUGAUUCUAAUAAUCAAAGGUUUGAUAAUUAGUUGAUUAGUAGAAUCAGGUAUGUAAUGCUAGGGCAAAAUCUAAAAUGCCCACCCAUUGGUCGUAUUCCCCUGCUCAGAUGUUGCUGACACAUGCGAGAUCUUACACAGCCUGGAUAGGUAUUUUACAUAUUAGCUUACCACAUCAUAUGUAGUAGCAAUCUGGUACCAGACUCCACAGUCGAUGACAUGACACGCAACCAUUGGUUGAUGCAUGCAAUGUCUGGGAAGGGGAACAUGACCUUUGUUAUCGGCCAUAUAUUUGGGAACACCCUCUCCCUUGCUUUCAUUAGUCUUUCUCAUCUCCAGUUUCAAGGGGUUGCAUCAAAGAGCCAGGUUUUUUACCCAACCAGCACUUGGUAUUUCAUGCAAAAACCUCCUACCUGUGCACAACAGUCUAUCUUCCAUUUGCACUUUGAUAUGUCUUACAUGGAAGGAACCAGAGUGAAUUGAUAAUUCAGCUUAACUUGCAGUCUUUGUGCUGUGAGGUUGUGUACAUAUCUUGGUUAGAUGUGAAAACGGGCCGUUUCCCAGGCCAGUUGAGAAACAACUGUGGCAUGUUGAAAGAAUGACUAUUGCACAGUUCUGGCAUGGCACUGCACAGCACUUUAAAGGGAUACUUCGGGAUUUUGGUAAGGAGGCCCUUUAUAUACUUCACCAGAGUUAUCUACUUUGCCAAGUCAUGGAUACCAUUUUUAUGUCUCUAGUAUGAAGCAAGUUAGAGGUAGUUUCACGAGUCAAUGCUAACUAGCGUGCUAGAAGAUACCCAUAGACUUCCAGUCAUUGCACUAACACUAGUUAGCGAUUGCGCUACCGGUAGUUAGCAACUUCAUUCAAACUGCACGCAGAGACAUACACAUUUUAUCCACGAGUUCAUCUGACUGGGGAAGUAGAUAAAGGGCCUCAUUGCCAAAAUCCCAAAGUAUCCUGUUAACCGGAGGGCUUCCCCAUACUGUUCCCAUCAACAAGGCUGAUUGAGAUAUUAUUAUGCAUUCAGCAGGCAAGUACAUAAAAAUGUAUAUGAAUAGUAGUAGAAAAAGGCUCACAACAGAGACUAUGGUCUAAUUGUUAUAAUAUGAGUAUCUCAUACAAACACACAUUUCUUUAUUUGUUUGGUGGCCAAGUGUUUUAUGAAACAUGUAGAUUGUAGUACUUCGCUGGAGAAAAAACAAAUAUUUGUCUAUUUAAAGCGCUAAAACAGCAUUUAGUUUCUGAAUGUGAAAUUUGAUAAUUUAAAAAGUUACUUCUGGUCAUGUUCUCAUUCUGGCCUAUGCAUGCUUAUGUGUGUUUAGCAGUAUUCUUGUUUGGUUCUUGAAUGCCUACUGAUUAUUGGCCAUGCAGAUCUUGUUUCGUUUUCUGAAACGCAUACUAUGAAUGCAAAUGUAAAUAGAAUAUUGCACUUGUCGUAAUACUGCUGAAGAUAAUGUCAUUUACACACACACACACACACACACACACACACACACACACACACACACACACACACCCCUCAAUGACACACACACAUGCACUGUACACAUUUUUAAGUUUUAUCUCCUCAAUUAUAAAGAUGAUAUAGAAAAUGAUUUUCAAUCAAAUAAUAUUGUUUGUAUAGAUGCACUUGUAAAUAAAAAUGUACCUAUUGCCAA